AGUCUUUGCACAACCCCCUCCCCUUUCCCCUAGAAUCCUCUCUCUCUCUCUUUCUUUCUCAGUUCAACUUUCACGUGUUCUCUAAACCACUCUUUUCGCGAAACUAUGUGUCAUAUAAGUUCCCACCUCCCCUGCAAAUGCAACUCAAUGAAAUCCCAAGAGGCAGAGGAAUCCGACAUGAAGAUCACUAACCCCUUGAUCCAAAAGGACAUAACAGUAACACCACCCCAUCAUCAUGUCUUGAAAGAACUCAUUUCCAUAUCCAAGAUAGCCCUCCCCAUGAUCCUCACCGGUCUCUUGCUCUACUGCCGUUCCAUGAUCUCCAUGCUCUUCCUCGGCCGCCUCGGCGAGCUGGCCUUAGCCGGCGGCUCACUCGCCGUCGGCUUCGCCAACAUCACCGGUUACUCGAUCCUCUCCGGCCUCGCUGUCGGAAUGGAACCCUUUUGCGGACAAGCCUACGGUGCCAAAAAGUUCACCCUCCUCGGCCUCUGCUUACAAAGAACCAUUCUUUUGCUCCUCUUCACUUCCAUUCCAAUCUCUCUCCUUUGGCUCUACAUGAAGCAUAUCCUUCUUUUAUGUGGCCAGGACGAGGCCAUAGCCACACAAGCCCAAUCAUAUCUUCUUUAUUCCAUCCCUGACCUCUUAGCACAAUCUUUUUUACACCCUUUAAGAAUUUACCUUCGAAGCCAAUCCAUUACUCUGCCUCUCACUCUCUGCGCCACUUUCUCAAUUCUCCUUCACAUCCCCAUUAACUACCUUCUUGUUUCCCACCUCAAUUGGGGAAUCAAAGGCGUGGCUCUCAGCGGGGUUUGGACUAACUUCAACCUCAUAGCUUCUUUGAUUCUUUACAUAGUCUUCUCUGGUACGCAUAAGAAAACAUGGGGAGGUUUUUCUUUUGAGUGUUUCACGCAAUGGAAAUCGCUCCUCGACUUGGCUAUCCCAAGCUGCAUUUCCGUGUGCCUAGAAUGGUGGUGGUAUGAGAUCAUGAUUUUGUUAUGCGGGUUGUUGGUGAAUCCUAGAGCAACCGUGGCUUCCAUGGGGAUUUUGAUCCAAACCACUUCUCUGCUCUACAUUCUCCCAUCGUCAAUAAGCUUCAGCGUGUCCACAAGAGUUGGUAACAAAUUAGGUGCUCAAAAGCCCUCAAAGGCUAAACUUUCUGCCAUAGUUGGCCUCUCUUGCAGCUUCAUGUUAGGUUUUUUAGCUUUUGUUUUCACCAUUCUGGUUAGGAACAUUUGGGCCAGCAUGUUCACACAAGACAAGGAAAUAAUAACCUUGACCUCAUUGGUGUUACCGAUUAUAGGACUCUGCGAACUCGGAAACUGUCCUCAAACAACGGGGUGCGGAGUGCUAAGAGGCACAGCAAGGCCUAAAGUUGGUGCUAACAUUAACUUAGGUUGUUUCUACCUUGUUGGAAUGCCUGUGGCGGUUUGGCUUGGUUUCUUCGCAGGGCUUGAUUUUCAAGGGUUGUGGCUUGGGUUACUUGCGGCUCAGGGGUCUUGUGCAGUGACCAUGUUGGUGGUUAUGAGUCAAACGGAUUGGGAUGUUGAGGCUCUAAGGGCAAAGAAACUAACCAGUGUUGUUGUUGCUGUUGAUGACAGCAAGGAGGUUGGUGCAGAGAAGCCACCCAAAGCUGAAAUCAAGGAAGAUUCUUUAUUAUCAUUAGCUGAUUCAGAAGAAGAUAAACAAUCGUGGGUUUAACUUUUAGUAAUCUCGGUUUUUUUGGACAGGAACAAAAACCAAAAGGGGAAAAAUCAAAGAAGACAAAGGGAGAGAGAGAAAUCUAUCAGGAAUUUGUCUUUAGCUGUAUAGGGAAGGAGAGGGUAGUGACAGAGGAUGACUUUUUUUUUUAAUAUAACUUUAGAUCACAUGGGUGGAUCAAGGAAUUUAACUACAAUAAUAAUGUUAAAAUUUUUCACGUAA